GCACAGCAGGUGAAACAAAACUCUUUUGUUUAGAGCCAGAAUCACGCUUGGUACUCUAGGCCAUUGUUGCACAGACCUAUAUAAAUGCGACUUACAUUUUGAGACCCGUUAAUUAAGCGCAUACAAUAUGCAAGCCUACUUCUUUACCACAUUGCUGUUAGUCUCGCUGGCCGCAGUCAGCCACUCGGCUGGGACCAAUCAGAGUCACAGUGUGGCAUGGGGUGGUCGCAUGUUUCGGGACACACAUCUGGAGCGGGUCAUCAUCACAGAGAAGUCGCGGUUCUUGCGCGUUGUCACACGUGACUAUCAUUUUCAACAAAUUGGCCUCCAGCGUCGCAUCACCCAAAUUGUGGUCACUGAUCAAGUCAGGAAUGGAGGCGGCGGCUAUGCUCACCUUGUCGCUGGCGGUCCAAAUUCCCACUUUGUCAAGAUACAUUUCAAGAGUCAGCGCAACAAGGGCUUCAGUUUCAUUGUGGACAUUUAUGGCAUUUAAAUGAUUUAUUUCAAUUUGUAUUCAACUUA